AUGGAAGCCUCGUUACAUCGAACAGCCGUACACCGCAGCUUGCAACGGAAAUCCCAAGUCCAACAACAACCACAGCCGCCAGACCAACAGUGGGUUUCUUCCUCGCAGGGCUUGCACCUGGGCCAGUUCGAGAUCGGCCGACCCCUCGGCAAGGGCAAGUUCGGGCGUGUCUAUCUGGUGCGACAUCGGCAGUCCGGCUUCAUUUGCGCACUGAAGGUGCUGGACAAAGCACAGAUCGCACGGGAGAGGGCAGAGGUGCAUGUGCGGCGGGAGAUCGAGGUACACAGCAACUUGAGGAGUCCGGGCAUCUUGGGGUUUUACAACUGGUUCCAUGACGAGAAGCGGAUAUUCCUUGUGUUGGAGUAUGCGGCUGGUGGCGAACUGUACAAGCAUCUCCGGCGAGCAGGCCGCUUCCCCGAGAAGCGCGCAGCGCGGUACUCGGCGCAGGUCGCCGCGGCGUUGCGAUACCUGCACAGCAAGAACGUGAUGCAUCGCGACAUCAAACCCGAGAACAUCCUGGUGGGCCUGUACGGAGAACUUAAGCUGGCUGACUUCGGGUACAGCGUCCACGCGCCGAGCAACAGGCGCGACACGCUGUGCGGCACGCUCGACUACCUGCCGCCCGAGAUGGUUGCGUCCAAGCGGACCAAGUAUUCCCGCGCGGUGGACCAGUGGACACUAGGCGUGCUGACGUACGAGUUCCUAACAGGAGAGGCGCCCUUUGAGGAUACUCCUGCUCUGACAACGAGGAGGAUCGAAAGGGGGGAUUUGAAGCCGCUACCGGCGUCGGUUUCUGCUGAGGCAAAGCACUACGUGCAUUCGCUGCUUGUUCUCAACCCAACGAAAAGGCUGUCAUUUGAUGAUGCACUCGCCCAUCCGUGGAUUGUAAAACACUGCGGCCCCAGGUGA